UUUGACAGAAUAUUGAAGGAAGAUUUUUCUACAAAAUGUCAAAAACGGUGUUCCCAAAUUUAUUCCACUUUACUUUUCCCCUCUUUUAUAACAUUUUGGAUGCCUAACUGGGCAUUCAAAAGCUUUUUCUAAAUCAAUUGUACACAAACCAAUGCUCGGCCAAAGCAAUUCGAGGUUGAUAACUAGCUUAUUAAGAUCUCUAAGCACGUCACCUCGUUCUUGCGCCAACCAUUAUGACGUCCUUGGAAUAACUCCUAAAGCCACACAAAAUGAUAUCAAAUCGGCUUAUUAUAAAUUAUCCAAAAUCUACCAUCCAGACAAGUCAAGCGAUGAAGCGGCAGCAAAGAAAUUUAGAGAUAUUACUGAGGCCUAUGAAGUAUUGGGGAAUGUAAAAUUGAAAAAGAUGUAUGAUAAAGGAUUGUUAGGAGGGUUAGGGACUAGAUCAAAAGUGGAAUAUCAGCCAGAACCCGAGCCAACAGACCCGACACUAAAAUUCUACAAGUCAAGAAUUCACCGAUCUUCUGUCCCAACCAUGGAUGGCAAAAAACCCAUAUAUGACUUUGAUACAUGGUCAAAGAGUCACUAUGGUGAUUUGUUUGAAAGAGCUAAAUAUGAAAGAGAUUUCUUAAGAAAGAAACGUGAGAAACAAGUAGAUAAAGAGCAUACAAACAAGCAAGAAACAUUUCUUUACAUAAUGUUUGCUAUAGGAGGCCUGUUUAUCUUUCUGGUAGCUCAUGGGACAACAGACUACGACUUAGAUAGAACAUCACAAACGAGAGAUCGGAACAAGAAACAAGAAGUCAAUGUUGAUUGAAAGGAGCAUGCCAAAAAUUUUAUAAAAAUUCUUAGCAAAUGGCAAAAUCUAGUUUACACAUUCAUGUUCAAUUCAUUCAAACUAUUGGGUACCUAUAUAUUUUUAAUAUCGUCUUGUAUAUACUGUACAUAGCACAUAGUUUUCAUUGCAGUACCUCUGUAGUUGUAGACAAAAUGUGAUAACUUAAAAAAAAAAGUAAAAAUAUAUAAAAUUUGUGAUUGA